CAGAGAAGGGAAAGAGCCUCGUAUAAAAGCAUGAGACACACGCAAGGAGAAAGCCAGGCUGGACGGAGAAGGGGAACCCGCCUUUCAGCGCGGGCACCAGCGCUUGCUCCCUCUCUUCGUCAUCCCAGCACCAGCGGGCCAAGGGAACUGGCUAGGCUCGAGUCCCCGUCCCACUCAGGCUCCCAGCCAAAGACUUCGACCGUCCCUUCAGACUGGAUUUCCCUCUCGGCGGCGGAUCAUACCCGCGGGGACGAAGUGGCUGAGAGGAGCCGCGGCAGCUCCGCCUGGGAAAUAGCCUCGGGCCGGCCGCCGCCGUAAGAAGAAGCAGGGAAGGGAAGACCGGGGGAGACCCGAGGAGGGUGAAAAAUUGGUCCGGGAGAAAAUAAAAGGAGGCUCAGGAUUCGCCCUCGAACGGAGCCGAGGCAAGGCGGGAAAACUUCGCGCGGGGGCUCCCAACUGACACACGAGCCGAGCCUGCACUGACAGCCAGCCGCUCUCAGGGCUUAAUGGGCUGAGGAGAAAAGCGCCCCGCGAGACUGAAAGCGCACCCGAGUGAAAGGCAGCGCAAAGGCUUCCGAAGGCGGCUGUAGGAAGACGGGUGUGUGGUUCUCCUGAGAGAGAGACAUUGGGGCGAAUUCACCCCGGAGGCGAGGCGGGGAAGAGCAGAAAUAGGACAGCGAGCGCCAGGCGACAGACUUCGCGGGAGGGGGACCGACUUCUCCAAGCGGGGCUCUCCCGCUCGCCGCCAGUAGGGGCGGACGCUGCCCGCCCCCUUUCACGGUGCCUCCGCAGACAGGCCGGGCAUCUACAAUACCGGCGCCCCGAUUUCUCCCGAGGCGAACCAGCCCAGCGGUUCUCUCUCUCCUGCAUCUCUCUCUCUCUCCCCCCACCUCCAACCCGAGGGUCGCCCGGCCACGUCUCUUGGGUCUCACGGGUCCCGCUCGGAAGCGGGAGGGGGGGGGAGAGAGAGAGAAGUCCGCGGCAGCUCCCCCCACCCACCCACCCCGGCGUGCGGCAACUUUUCGCAAGGCGGGCAAAGACCCCAUGCGAGCGCCGGGCUGCGAGCGCAGCAGCAGCGACCCCUGCAGCCCGUCCCGUCGCCGUCGGACGAGCGCCCUCAGUCGUCCUUCUCCUCCGCCUGGGAAACCUCCUCCCAUCCCGAAGUGGCUCCGCCGUGGUGGUGGCGGUGGCGCGGCGGCAGCGGCGGCGCUGCCUGCGACGACGCUUCCUCUCCUGCUGGCCCGGACGAUCCCGAGAGCGGCGCUGCUGGCGCGGGAACUCCUGCUCUCGACUCCUUAGCGGCCGGUCAGGCGGCGGAGGCUGCUGCUGCUAUUCCUCCUCCUCCUGCUGCUGCUGCUGCUGCUGCUGCUCAAUUGCCGCCGCCGCCGCCGCCACAACCGCGGAGCCCUAAAGCCGUCCUCUGCAGGAGGAUGGUGCGUCUAGCGGCCGAGCUGCUGCUGCUGCUGGGGCUCCUCCUGCUCACCCUGCACAUCACGGUGCUGCGAAGCAGCGAUCCCGAAGCGCCGGCGGGCAACCACAGCCAGCGUCAGCAGGAAAUCCUCCACACAGAGAGCCUUUCAUCUAUUGAAAGCAGCUUCACGUUAGACCCUGAAGAUCGACAGAAUUAUCCUGGUCACCAGGCAGCACACCGGUCAUUGGCCAAGCAACGAUUCAGGCAGCAAAACGGGCAUACAUCCUUGCAAAGAGAUGGACCCAGAUCUUUCCUUUUCGAUCUUCCAAAUUUUCCUGACUUCUCAAAAGCAGAUAUCAAUGGGCAAAACCCUAACAUCCAGGUGACUAUAGAGGUUGUUGAUGGAACAGAGUCUGAAUCGGAGAAAGGUCUUCAAAGAGAAAGCAGCAAAACCAGCUGGCCUGUCCCGUCCCCAAACUGGAGAAACUGGUGGCAAAGAUCCGCACCUUCCAUCACUCGCAUGAGUAGUGGUGACCAGGAUUACAAAUACGAUAGCACGACUGAAGACAGCAACUUCCUAAAUCCCUUGAAUGGCGGGUGGGAGAGGCAUCCAUCAAGUCAUCGGAUGUUUGAAUCAAAGGAGCAGCCUGAAUAUGAUUACAUAGAGGGAGAAGGAGACUGGAGUCUGUGGUCAGUUUGUAGUACAACCUGUGGAAGUGGCAAUCAGAAACGCACCAGGACCUGUGGAUAUGCUUGCACAGCCACUGAAUCAAGGACAUGUGACCGACCAAACUGCCCAGGUCUCGAGGACACAUUCAGAACAGCAGCCACAGAAGUGAGCUUACUUGCAGGAAGUGAAGAAUUCAAUGCCACAAAGCUCUUUGAAGUUGAUACGGAUAGCUGUGAAAGGUGGAUGAGUUGCAAAAGUGAAUUCUUAAAGAAGUACAUGCACAAAGUAGUCAAUGAUCUUCCCGCUUGUCCUUGCACAUACCCCACCGAAGUAGCUUAUAGCACUGCAGAGAUCUACGACCGUCUAAAAAGGAAGAACUUUCGCUGGAAAGAUGCAAGUGGGCCAAAAGAAAAACUGGAGAUCUACAAGCCCAGUGCCCGCUACUGCAUCCGGUCCAUGCUGUCCUUGCAGAGUACCACCUUGGCAGCACAGCACUGCUGCUAUGACGACAGCAUGCAGCUGAUUACCCGAGGGAAAGGGGCUGGCACCCCCAACCUGAUCAGCAUCGAAUUCUCUGCAGAACUUCAUUACAAGGUGGAUGUUUUGCCUUGGAUCAUUUGCAAAGGGGACUGGAGUAGGUACAAUGAAGCUCGGCCACCUAAUAAUGGUCAGAAAUGUACAGAAAAUCCUUCAGAGGAGGACUAUUACAAACAAUUUCAGGAAGCAAGAGAGUACUGAAGACGAGUGUGGGAGGAGCUGAUUUCUUUGAAAACUUCAAAAAGAUGGGUGGUGGCAAACGGGACACUCCAGUGAAUGAACCUUUGAAAAUGGGAUUUAUCUCCCCGCUCACUGUACAUAGUUGUACAAAAUAUACAAUUUUUCUAAAGUAUUUUAUUUAUGUUUGCAUGUAGAUAUGGCAUAUAGUCCCCCUCGCCUUUGCACACAUGAAAGUAGCUCAACAAAACCUUUCUACAGUGGUACACAUUCUGCUUCCAUUAAGAUGAGCUUACACUCAUAUAUUCCCAUAGAGACCACAUGACCUGUAGUUAAAAGUGAGUAUUGUUGGAUUUCACAUGAAAAGAAAAUUGCUUCUCAAUGCCUCAAGUCGUUCAGAAUAAAUGUUUGCUAUUAGAAAGAUCUACAUAUAUCGAAAUUACCUCUUAGUAUUGAAAUGUGGUUUUUAGGAAUACAUUUUGAGGAUAACAUUUUGGCUCACUAAGAAAAUAGUGACCAGAUUUAUUGCAGAUGUGAUGAAAGUUAACUUCAAAUCAAAUUGUUCCUUUGCUUUGCAUCAAAAGGCCGAAACUUGUGGCUGACUUCCAGAGAAAUCUUGGGCUGGAGCAUUUUGAUAUUGGAGGCUUUGACUAUUCCAAAAUCCUCCCAGCAUCAGCAUGAGAUUAGCAGGACCAAAAUCUGAAAGGAGUAGCUGUUAUUGCUACUGGUAUUAUUAUUAUUAUUAUUAUUAUUAUUAUUAUUAUUAUUAUUAUUAUUAUUAUUAUUAUUAUUAUUCCUAUCUAUUGGAAGCACUAUGAGGAAGAUUUGUUUAUACAGCUGUGUAAUUUUUCUCAUGAUUGUAAAGAGGCAGGAUGAGGACCGAAAGCAUUAUUCUCAGCCCCUACUAGCCUGCUGCCACACACGCCCUUAUGAGCCUUUUCCCGUUUGGUUUUCUGACAUUGGAAACAACAGAGAGAGGUUGGUAGAGUAGACGGAAACAAGGAUCCUGUGUCAAACUACCCAAUCUGACAUUACAAUUCUGUCUCUGAGCCUGGAGGCCAAGAAAAAAACCCAAACUCUUCUCAUUCUGCUCGGUCCCCAUUCUGCAAUUGUCCAAAUGAUUGCAGUUUCCCAUCAAUAAACCCCUACAGUCUACCUCUGGCACAGGGCUCCCUUAUUCUGCCAAAAGCAUAGGCGUGCCUUCCAGAUAGGAUUGCUAAGUCAAAGCUAAGGAGCAGCAGAAAUUUAAAAAAAAUAAAAAUUAUUUAAUACAAAUGUGUUCAUUAAAUGAUCUCUUUAGAGAUAGAUAUGGAUAAAUAAACACAACACACACAAAUAUAUUUAGACAUAUUUAAGGGAAGAAGAAAAAGGCAGACGGCAUGGACAAUUAUUUGAGAAGCAGGUAGAUGCAUUCAUGAGCAAAGAUUUGAAGGAAGCCCCAGAGCGUGGAAUAAAAUUGUGGUUCACAUCCAAAGGAUCUGGAAUAGUAAUACACAGUAAAUCUGAUUAGCCGAUUGGGAAAGCAUCGAAUGUGUUUCGGCCUCCAAAAUGUGCAUUUGAUGAAAAGAUGAUGUAUCACUUUAUGGCUGAUAGGGCUUAUUUCCUCUGUCCUAACUGCUCGUAAUUAAGCAGUUUCGGUGUUCAUCCUCUGGUUGGAUCUGUAUACAGGAUACUCAUCCUCUCCAUUAAAGGUGCUUUAAAUUCCUCUUUGCUAGCAGUGCAGAGACGUGUUCUCUAUGCCACUGCAAUGUAAUCCAGCAAAGCUGAGUUCAGUAGAUAACAAAUGUACCACUGGCAACGGGAUUUAAAUGGCAUUCUGAUGCAUUCAUAGAUAUGCAGUGUUAAGAAAAAUAAGGCCCCUUUCACUGCAAAGCCUGCCGUACGCAUACUGCUUGGUGCUUAGAGAGACCUAUUGUAGAGAACAAUUUGAAACAGAAUCCUUGUGAGGCUUUAAUUGAAUGUAUAAGCACAUCUGAAAGAACAUCUUUCUGGAAGAGAAUUGAUUUCAAACAUCUUGCUCUCCCUCGCUUUUCUAUUAUAUUGCAAAUACAUGCAGUGUGUUAUUUAAAAAAGAAACUCUUUUAUCUUUUUAACAGAUUAUUCAGUUCUGGGUGGGGAUUGUCAAUUCCUUAAUUUAAGCAUAUUACACUUGUAGCAUAUAUAUUUAUUCAACUUUAGUUAAUAAGAAUUUGUAAAUUUAAAUUUGAAAGGUUAGAAACUUUCUGGUAACCCAAGAUCGGUCCAUAAGAAAAUUUACAUAACAAUCCAAAGCAAACUUACGAAUGAAGACAUUCUAAAACAUACACUAGUUUGUGUUCUCAUUAAAUGAGUGCUAAAAUGUUUCUUUUAAAAUGCUCCACUGAAGAAAGCCAGCAGAACUGGUGAGAAUCAGUCCACUGACUAUGUCUUGAUAGAAUAACUUAAUGGCCAAGUUUUAUCUAUGCAAGAAUAGCUUCAUUCUUAAUGUUACUCUUAGUGUGUGUGUGUGUGUGUGUGUGUGUGGUUUUUUUAAAAGCAAACAGCUAAAGAAGGAAAAAUAAAAAAGUAUUCUGUAACAUACUAUUAAUGCUACCUAUUGUAACAAGACUCAUUAAGGACAAACGGAGGACAUUAUUUUAAUGUAUAUCUUUCACCUCAUUUAUUUGAACUCCAAGGGCAUUUAACCUGCCAAGACAGAAAUCCUUUGGCAGUCUGUAGCAAUCUGUUUUCAAAAUCACUGCAGCUUUUUCCACACCAGUUCUGGAACAUUUUAAAAAGAAAACUAUUUCUCCAUCUGUGGUCCUUGGUGAUUAUAUUUCAAAAUAAUAUCAUAGUUACUGAUUUUGCUUGGAAAAAAUAUUUUAGCUUGCUAGAUUUUUUUUUUUUAGUAUCUCAUUGACCAAUGUAACAGAAUAUAGUCUGCUUAACUCCAACUUGCAGGAUUAAAUUCAUAUCCAAAACUCCGGGGGUUUUAGGUAAUGAAGUGUGAGCCUGUGUAUAAAUGUAAUGUGAUCUUUUGCUACAUAAGUGCAUCAGAAAACCCAUAAUAUCAAGUAGUAUCCAACUCAUGGAGAUUUACCUGGGAUAAUAUCCUUCACUCCUUUCUCUGGAAACUACAAUUAUAGUGAUGUGCCAUCAAGUCAGGUCCAGGCCCUUCCUGGCAAAUGUUUGACAAUUGCCUUUCAACUUGCACUGUUCUGACUAAUACAGUAAUAUAGAGUUCUUCCAAAAGUAUUUUUGCAAUCUCAUCACUUCUAUCCACCUUCCCUUAUGCAUCGUCUUCCUCUUUUGACUUCUCUCAAACUUUCUAAUUUUUCUCUAGCCCUUCAACAAAAACACAUGAAUCCCUGCUUGCUAUUCACCUGAACAGACAACUGUCAGUGUUAACUUCAUCUUGUUCAGAGAUACUUUUAGGAAUUACUUUCAAAUCCACAAUUCAAAAGCAUCUUUCUGUGAACCCUUCUCAAAAUCCAGCCUCCAUAACUAUAUAUUAGCACUAAAAAAAAUGUCACUCUUUAUUUUGGUUGAUUUAAAAGUAUUGUGGUCUUUUAUGAUUUUGUUUUUGAUUGUCAUUGAAUUCCUCCUUUGGAUUAUCUCCUUUAUUUCUCCAGUAUACUGUCUGUCUACAUUCUUGAGCACCAAAAAGAAAAAAAAAAGUAGAUAUAUCUACACACACACACACCCCUCUGUUUUCCUGUCAAUUGUGUUUAUUCUAUAUGCUGGAUUUUGUUUCAUAUUUGUCAUUAACUCAAAAUUUUCAUGUGCUAUUUUUAUGCUCAGAAUAAAUUCUACUAUGUCUCUUUG